UAUUUGUUAUUAUUUAUUUAUUAUAACAUAUGUAUAAACAUUUGUUUACAGUUCCGCAAGCAGAUGGACGAUGCUCUGGUUGGAACGCACGAUGACUACUUCCUGGUGCGCUGGCUGCGGGCUCGUAAAUGGAACCUGGAUGCGGCGGAGAAAAUGCUGAGAGCCAGCUUGAAGACCCGCGCCAUGUGGAAUGUGGACAACAUCGAGAAGUGGGAUCCUCCCAAAGCUCUGCAGGAAUACCUACCCUAUGGGCUAAUGGGCUAUGACAAGGAGGGAUCGCCAGUGCUGGUCUGCCCCUUUGCAAACUUCGACAUCUGGGGCAUGAUGCACUGCGUCACCCGAUUUGAGUUUCAAAAAUACCUGGUGCUGCUUCUUGAGCGCUUCAUGAAGAUCGCCUACGACCAGAGCCAGAAGCACGGCUGGAGGGCCCGCCAGCUGGUAGUGUUCUUCGACAUGCAGGACGUGAACCUGAAGCAGUACGCCUGGCGACCAGCAGCCGAGUGCGUGAUCUCUACGGUCAAGCAGUACGAGGCCAACUUCCCGGAGCUGCUCAAGAUGUGCUACAUUAUCAACGCACCAAAGCUCUUCUCGGUGGCAUUCAACAUUGUGAAGAAGUUCCUCGACGAGAACACCACCAGCAAGAUCGUCAUCUACAAGUCCGGCGUGGACCGCUGGCAGCAGCAGCUCUUCUCCCACGUGGAUAGGAAGGCGUUCCCAAAAGCCUGGGGCGGCGACAUGGUGGACAGGAACGGAGACCCCCAGUGCAAGGCCCUGAUGGUUUGGGGUGGCAAGCUCCCGGAGGAGCUGUACAUCGACCAGAGCAGCCAACAAAGCGACAGGGACUUUGUGGAGACACAGGUACCCAAAGGCGACAAGCUAAAGCUGCACUUCAAGGUGAACCAGGAGGAGCAGAGAAUCCUCUCGUGGGAGUUCCGCACCAUCGACUACGACAUCAAGUUCGGCAUCUACAGCGUGGACGAGCAGACAGGCGAGAAGCGUAGCGAAGUGCCUCUGGGCACAGUCUACUCCAACGAGAUGGACGAGAUCGGCUACAUCUCCACGAGACCCAACACCACCUACACGGUGGUCUUUGACAACUCCGCCAGCUACCUACGCAGCAAGAAGCUCCGCUACUGGGUAGACCUCAUCUCCGAGGAGGAGGAGGGUAUCUCCGAGCUGACCAGCCAAAUGGACAGCACUCAGAUUGCAGCCCAGCAGUGAGCGAACGCUCGACCAGCAAUUAUGCCAAAUACCAGUGGGAGUAUAUAGAUUAAUAGCUAGACAACACGAACUAACCUCGGUGCAAUAUAGUCACAACGCAUUUGCAAGGCGUCCGCUGCCUUCGGAACUCCUCCGGAGCACGGCGCAGCUGCAAUCGAACCAUGUGAUAGAAACAAAUUAGUAUGACUCACAUUUACAAGUACAGUUAAUUCUAAAGUUAGUCUCUUUAUUACAUACUUAGCCGCGCUGUUUACUUAAUAAUCUCUAAUCGUGGAUGUGCAAUUAUUUCAGGUGGUACGGCACUAUAAAAUGUAUAUACGUAGCACCUGAUCUUUGAAAGAAAUUGCAUUUUGACAAAAUCCCAUUGGGAAACCUCCAA